AGGUGCCCAUCCCGGCUUUAAAACCCCAAGAGGAGAACGCGUCCACUUACUACAGCCCCAGUUUUGCCUGGAACGCCUUCCGCCCUCCGUUCGGCUACAGAUCAAUGACUUCCACCAUGCUGGAGCACUCCAUUCAUCUGUAUGGCAGCCCGAUCCUUCCUGCCUCGGAUCUCCCUCUUGAUUACAGCAUGCCCUUCUCGGCCGAGAUGGAGACCUACCACUGCGUCAUCUGCAACAAAAUGUUUUCUACCCCCCAUGGCCUGGAGGUCCACGUGCGGCGGUCCCACAGCGGCACCCGGCCUUUUGCUUGCAGCGUUUGUGGGAAAACCUUUGGCCACGCAGUCAGCUUGGAGCAACACACCAACAUCCACUCUCAGGAGAAAAGCUUUGAGUGCAAAAUGUGUGGAAAGACGUUCAAGCGGUCGUCCACCUUGUCUACUCACCUGCUGAUCCACUCGGACACCCGGCCGUAUCCCUGCCAGUACUGCGGGAAGCGCUUCCAUCAGAAGUCGGAUAUGAAGAAGCACACCUACAUUCACACAGGGGAAAAGCCACACAAAUGCCAGGUCUGUGGCAAAGCCUUCAGCCAAAGCUCUAACCUUAUUACGCACAGCCGCAAGCACACCGGCUUCAAACCGUUCACCUGCGAGCUCUGCGGGCGAGGUUUCCAGCGCAAGGUGGAUCUUCGGCGUCACCGGGAGAGCCAGCACAGCCUCAAGUGA